GCGUGAAAGGCACACACCCUACGCAUCGCUCCAACAGACUUAACCCACUUGGUCAGAAUUGUAAUGUGGCUCACUGUAUUAGCGAGGAUCACUACACCGUUUCGACCACUUUGACCACCAAUAUGCAGCCUACAGUUUUUUAGAGAGACAAUAGAUUUGUGGGAGUCCUUCGUAAUUAAAACACUAACCAGCCGUAACAUACGCAUUCGAUUUCUAUUGUCUGCCAUUUUCUUUUAGCCUCUGAUUACUUUUAUCUCCUAAUGAAGAUUUGUGUUGGUGUACUGGUUUUCCUCAACAGCCACCCUCUUUGGAUGUAUUAUUGUUGCCGGCUGUACAGCCAGAGCUUGUGUGCUCGCCCAGGGUUUCAAUUUUAGUCUAUUUUAGGAUUAGGGUUAUGUCAUGAAACGUGGGCUACUAGGCCUACAUUAUAAAUAUGACACAAUCAGCAUUUCACUUUGGAUAUGAAUAAUCCAAAUUAUCAAUCAGUUAUCAAAACGCUCAGAUAUAACCACCAGGGCAGGAGGGCGAAGAGAUGAGAAGAGUAGGCUAUCUCAGCUGAUUUAUGCAGGAGAUUUAAAAUAAUAAUGUAAAACAUAUCUGUAGGCUUUUUAGUAACUAUUUGAAUGAUGUUUUAGUCCAAUGCAUGUUGGUUGAACGCUUUGACACCUUGAACGUGAAAGUGAGUGGUUCAGUGAGUGUCUCCGCCUAGAACAUCACAGAGCUGAUGAACGCAGCAACGUUCUUUUUCAGAACCAUGGCGAGCGCAUUGUGACGCUGUCCCUUCUACUCCUACUCAGAGCCAUUGAUACAGUAUUUUCUAAAUGGUUAUACUCCUACUGUUCUCUAAACAAUGGUUUCAUAGUUUACAAUUGUAUAAACUCCCAAAUCAUGCUCAAAAUUCAAUUUAAUUGAUGUCACUGUUGAGUGUUUUUUAAUCAGUUUGAUAAACAUGUUUGUCCCAUUGUGACAUAGCCAACCAUGACUUAUGGAAGAAUUUGACGUAUUAAUGGUCCCUAUAAAACCCUGUAAUUCUAAGAAAGAAUUGUCAGAUGGUUUUGAACUCAGUCAAAAUCACUGCAGUAUGUAGAGCGAUAAUGAGUAGGUCUAUGUUCAGUCGUUUGUUGACAGCGACCCCGCUGAGAUUCCUCCGCGAGAGGCCGCUUCUGAGUGCAGCUGGCCUGUUGUUUGCGUCCGGUUCGGCAGUCUACUUUUAUAGCAAAUAUUACGGUAUCGGUGAGGAUGCACUGGCCACCGUGGAGAGCGUGGACCGUGUUGUCACGGUUGAGGAGGAUAAUGAGCCCACCCUGGACCAGGAGGACCCAGUCCUUGUUCAGUAUGUGGUUGAGGAGGUUGGGCACCGGCCCUGUCUGGCUUUAAUCCCUUGGUCUGGACCUCUGUGGGUUCCCAGCUCUCCAACAUAUUACCUUACCCAUGCUGGGAGGAUGCUGCUGAGAGAGCUGGCAGUGUUAAACACGCAGAUAGCUAGGAGGAUGGUAUGGAAUGAACUGUCCUCUCAAAAUGAACAGGUAGCCAUUCAUAUGCAGUAUGUGGAUGAGGAGGUUGGGCAGCGGACCUGUCUGGCUUUAAUCCCUUGGUCUGGUCCUCUGUGGGUUCCCAGCUCUGUAAGUCCAUCCAUUCUGAUACUCUUUGGUCUUUAGACUGGUUUAUGUAACUUAAACAUAAACAUGAUGCUUUCUGUAGAACAAUAUGAAAAUACAUUUCUGUAAACAUAUUCCCUAUUUUUGUAAUAGUCUGUAACACUGCAGCCAACUUAUUACCUUACC